UUAGUCUGACCUCUCCCCCUCGACCAAUCUGGCUAGGGAGGCCCUACCAGUAGCUACGCAACCGCCUGCAUAGCUCUUGGGGUCACUGAGGUACUCAAACACCACCACCACAACAAAAUUCAGUAAUAUCAUCUUUGAUAUGUCAUUUCUGAAAACAUAGUAUGAGAUCACUACAAAGAAACAACUGCCAGAAACAUUUCCUUGUAAAAAAAAAUAUUUAGGUGAGAGAAUCGUAGGUAAAGGUACUGGUGGGACUACGUGUACCAGGGACAGACUGAUUAAAUUCUCAUCUUGUGAUAAAGUUUAAUUUGUACCAAAAACUACAGAAGACAGUAUACUCUAACGCUGCCAUAUGAAUUACGCACACAAUAAUGGAUGUUGUUGUUUGCAUUUACAAAUAAUAUUUCUAAGAUGAUAUCACAUAACAAAUAUUAUAGCAUGACUGGGAUAAGUCAAAACAUGUUAUCAAAGAACAAAUAUUUGAUUACUGCAUUCAUUUCUGAUGUGAUUAUCAGUGCUAUCUUCUUAAAUAAAUAUGUAUUAUAUAAUGCAGAAUAAGUGUGGCCUACCUCAGCAGGUGUCUUGUUUUUGGCACCAAAUGUGGUUAAUAUGUGGUGUAAUUAUAUUAAUGUAUGUAUAUCAGACUUUGUGUGUAAUGGUUGCUAGUUCUGUACAAAAUAGUUUGCUUGUAAGUACAUGUGUAACACCCUCCUGAUGUAAUUUUGGAUUUCUGGUCUAUAAAAGAUUUGGAGGAAAGUGUGGAAGAAUAAUGAAGUGAUCAAUGUUUAUUUUCUGGUACAAACGCAAAAUUUACCUGAAGAGUCGACGUCUGGCUUAAUAAUCCUAAGUAGGUCCUCGAUUAUGUGUUUGAAAUGAGAAACAGUUGUUACCUACACUUUUGUUUCUUAUUUCAAAUCAUACUCCAAAUUUCAUAAAUACUUUAUUAUUAUUAUUUUGUUAGAUCUACUCUGAAUUAGCAGAAGAAAUGUUAAUUAAACUAGAUAUAUAGAAAGAAACAUUUAAGCAAAAUGGGGCUGUUAGUUUUGCAGGUUAUUCAUGCAGAAUUAGACAGAAGCUGUCUCUCCAUAAUGCUUUCAUUUUGCUUUGUUCAUGGAAUGCACAAAACAGCUGUGAAAUAGCCGUGGUACAGAUCAGUUCAAAUGAAUGUAUAGAAUAUUUUUGUGCAUCAGUAUUUGUCUUUGGCCUUGAGCUGUGGAGUCUAGAGUGACGACUUAUAUUACAUAUUUUCAAGGUCACCCCCUCCCUAUCUCUAUCUGUCUCUCUUACACACACGCGCACUCUGUGUCCGCCAUUUUCAAACAUUAUCAUAAGCAAAGGAAAUACUGAGUUAGGUGAUGAGUGUGUGUAGCUCCAUGUAAAAGUGUUUGUGCUGUCGUAUUCAAGACAGCAGACUCCAUAAAGCAAGGUCCACUUUAAGUACUUCAGCGUCUGACUAACAAGAAUGGGAUUAAUUUUUGGGUCACUUCUUCUUGAACUUGGGACACUGAUAGCUAGCAUUCUGUCAGUGAUAUACAUCUAUUUUAAGUGGUCAUUCACUUAUUGGAAGAAACGAAAUGUACCGUACGCUGAUCCAAUUUUUCCAUUUGGAAAUUUCACUCAAUCCUGCUUGAUGCGGAAACAAGUUGGAGAUGUUCUUACAGACAUUUACAAAGAACUUGAAGGACAUAGGUAUGGAGGAAUGUAUAUUUUUACGAAACCAUCUUUAAUUUUACGAGACCCUGACUUAAUUAAGGACAUUCUAGUUAAGGAUUUCUCCACUUUUCAUGAUCGUGGUUUCUACAUGAAUGAAGAAAUCGAACCUUUAACAGGGCAUUUAUUUAUGUUACCCGGAAAGAGGUGGAGGAACCUAAGGAUAAAGUUGACUCCAACUUUCACAUCUGGGAAGUUAAAAAUGAUGUUCCAACGACUUGUGGACUGCGGAGGGCAACUUCAACAUUGCGUGGGAGGAAUGACUCAAAACGGAGAUGUCAUUGAAAUUAAAGACUUUUUAGCUAGAUUCAGCACAGAUGUAAUUUCGUCUUGUGCUUUCGGAAUCGAUUGUAAUUGCCUCAAGAAUGAAAAUGCUGAAUUUCGACAAUGGGGAAGAAAAAUUUUUGAACCAUCAUUAAAACAGGUAAUUCUUGGCAUUUUGUCGGGUGUUGCACCUGUUGUAUUAGAUACAUUGAAAUUAUCUGUUAUUGAUUCAAGCAUCUCAAAAUAUUUCCGCAAAAUGGUGGAGGAAACAGUUGAAUAUCGAGAGAAGAACAAUGUAAAGCGAAAUGACUUCAUGGAGCUUUUGAUACAGCUCAGGAAUAAGGGCAUUGUGGAUCCUGACCAGGAAACUGAUGUUCAGAACUGUGGAACGCUGAAUGGGAAUACUGAAACAACAGAGGAUCUUUCGAUGGGCUCCCUGGCUGCCCAAGCUUUUGUCUUCUUCAUUGCCGGUUUCGAGACGUCAUCAACUACAAUGACCUUUUGCUUGUACGAGUUGUCAGUGAACCCAGAUUUACAGGAGCGCCUACGAGCUGAGAUUGACGACGUUCUGGAGAAACAUGACGGCAACAUCACAUAUGAAACCAUCCUAGAGAUGAACUAUUUGGACAAGGUUAUAUCAGAAACUCUCCGAAAAUAUCCGCCAUUACCAGCGUUAAUGCGAGAGUGUUCGAAACCGUAUGAAAUCCCAGGAACGGAUAUUGUUUUGGACACAGGAGUUCGAUUUGGAGAGGGACCCAGAAUUUGUAUAGGAAUGCGGUUUGGACUGAUGCAGACAAAGGUGGGACUUGUCUCUCUGCUGUCCAAAUACCAGUUCAGUGUGAGUCAGAAGACACCGAUCCCAUUGGUGUUUGAUGCAAAGGCAUUUAUUUUGACUCCUACUGGUGGAAUGUGGCUGAAGAUUAAAAAUCGAAGUAAAUAAGAGAAUAUAUGAUUUAUGUGGUCUGAAUAAAAGGCAGGAGGGGUGUGGUAUGAAAAGUGAUAUUAUGUAUUCUGUCCAUGUAUCAUUUUAAUUUUUAAGAAUAAAAAGUUAAAUUACGUCUCA